AUGCCUAGAUCAAAGAGAUCCAAGUUGGUGACGUUGGCGCAGACCGACAGAAAGGGGAAGGAGAACAAGGUGAGAAUAUUCGAUGAGAUCAGAGAGGGCCUCGACAAGUUCAGGUACACAUACGUGUUGGGGCUCGACGACGUCCGCACGCCUGUGCUCCAGGACAUCCGGAAGGACUGGGCGGGCUCGAAGCUCGUUCUCGGCAAGAAGAAGGUGCUGCAGAAGGCGCUUGGCCAGACGCCGGAGGAGGAGUACAAGAACGAGCUCCACAAGCUCGCCCGCUUCGACGACGGGCUGAUCGGGCUGCUGCUCACGGACGAGAGCCCGGAGACCGUGGCGCAGUACUUCGCCUCGUACGAGAAGAAGGACUACGCCAGAGCCAAGACCAGAUCGCCCAUAACGUUUGCGCUCCCCCAGGGCGUCGUGUACUCCCGCGGCGGCCAGAUCCCCGUCGAGGAGGACGUGCCUAUGUCCCACUCGAUGGAGCCCACCUUGAGAAACAAGUUCAAGCUCCCAACCAAGAUGGUGCAGGGCAAGAUCACCCUCACCGAGCCUGUCACCGUUGUCGAGCAGGGCCACACUCUCGACGUCACCCAGGCCUUGAUCAUGAAGACCUUCGGCGUCGCCUGCGCCGCCUUCAAGGUCAAGAUCUACGCCUUCCACGACGGCGACACCAGCGACGUCGUUGUCCUCCUCGACCCAGAGACCGCCAACCCCUAG